ACCAUAAGCAUAUACGUGCAUUCUAGAGUUUUCUUCUGAUCCCCAAAUUGCUCUCUAGGGUUUCGCCGCCUCUAUCUAUCAGGAAAUCAUGCCUCGCCGAAGCUCUGGAAGAUCUGCUCCUCGUCCUGCCCCUCGUGCGGCCCCUCGUCCUGCUCCAGCUCCAGCACACCAUGCUCCUCCACCAGCUCCUAUGCAAAGUAGCGGUGGUGGAUCCAUGCUUGGUGGUAUUGGUUCUACCAUAGCUCAAGGGAUGGCCUUUGGUACUGGAAGUGCUGUGGCACACAGGGCUGUAGAUGCGGUCAUGGGUCCACGUACCAUUCAACACGAAGCUGUUGCUUCCGAGGUACCUGCUGCAGCAGCUCCUACAACCAUUGGUGCUGGGUCUGAUGCUUGCAGUAUGCACUCUAAAGCAUUCCAAGACUGCAUCAAUAGCUCUGGAAGCGACAUUGGCAAGUGUCAAUUCUACAUGGAUAUGUUGUCCGAGUGCAGGAGGAACUCGAUGCUGAAUGCUUAAGCUUGUUGUGCCUCAUUUUUUCAACUUUGAACUCAUUCUUAAUCUGAUUGUUGAAACAGCGAUGGAAUUAUGAUAAAAUGGCUGGUAUUGAUGGAGCAAGUGAACUUGGUUUUUGAUACACUUUUGGGUCAAAUAAUUUAUGCUGAAAUAUGAACUUUAUAGACAUCCUUGAUUUUCCUUUUCAGCAUGCUUUAUAUGCUAUAAUGUGCUUCCUUUGGCUUU